CCUCCCUGAAGGAGCAAUCCAUGUAACCCUCCCUGAAGAAUCUCUCUCUCUCUCUCUCUCUCUCCCUCUCUCGGCUGCAAAAUAGAGAAAUGGGCUACCUUGAAGUUCUUUUAACGGCUGUGAUGCUGGCAGUGAUCCUAGGGCUGUGGAAGCUCUUCAUGGAUCUCAUAUGGAGGCCAUACGCCAUAACAAGGCACUUUGCCAAACAAGGGAUAAAGGGGCCUUCUUACUCAAUCCUCACAGGAUCUCUCAAGGAGAUUGAGAGGCUUGAAUUGGAAGCUAAACAGAAGCCUAUGGAUCCUUCAUCACUCGACGUUACACCAAAGGUGCUGCCCCACUACCACCGAUGGUCUCGAGACUAUGGAGAGACCUUUUUAUUUUGGUUUGGGACCCAACCGAGGCUGAGCAUUGUAGACCCUGAGCUGAUCAAGGAAGUGUUGUCUACGAAAUUUGAAUACUACACAGUAGACAAGCCAGCCCCAUCAGUACAUGCACUUCUAGGGAAUGGUUUGCUCUCUCUUACUGGGGUUGACUGGGUCAGGCACAGGCGAGCCGUUAAUCCUGCCUUCCACGUUGACAAACUCAAGGGAAUGAUAAAGAGAAUGGCUGCAUGCUCACAAUCCACCCUUGAUCAGUGGGCCAAUGAAAUGGCCCACCCAGGAGGAGAUCAGAAGGAUUUCGACAUGCAUAAGGAGUUCAUGCAGCUAACGGGAGACAUCAUAUCUCACACAUCAUUUGGGACCAGCUACAAGGAAGGAAAAGAAGUAUUUCAGGUGGAAAGAGAACUCCAUCACAUGGUCAUUGAAUCUGUAACAGAUGUCAACAUUCCAGGCAGCGAAUACCUUCCAACAAAAUGGAACAGACGCAUGUGGAAGCUUGAAAAAAGGUUGAGAAAUCAAUUGCGUGCUAUCAUUGAGAGUAAGCUGAGAAUGAGAAAUGAAGGGCAGGAUGAUUUUGGAGAUGAUCUUCUUGGACUGAUGAUGAGCAUUUCAGAGAUUGGUGGGCCCAACAAGAAGGCGAAGAUGGACGCCACCUUGACUAUUAAUGAAAUCAUUGAUGAAUGCAAGACUUUCUUCUUUGCAGGCCAUGAGACCACAUCUAAUCUACUAACAUGGGCAAUGUACUUCCUCAGUAUCAACCAGGAAUGGCAGGAGAAGCUUAGGGAGGAAGUUGCGUCCGUAUGUGGGCCCACCAAGCUGCCGGAUGCCGACAAUCUUGCACGGUUGAAGUUGGUGACCAUGGUUAUUUUUGAAACACUAAGGCUGUACAGCCCUGUGAUAUUCACGGAGAGAAAGGCCGUUUCAGACCUCAAGCUUGGGAACCUCAUGAUCCCAAAGGACACUGUCGUAACAUUCCCUUUCCCCAUCAUCCACAGAAACAAGAAGUAUUGGGGCGAUGAUGCCGAUGAGUUCAAUCCUCUAAGGUUUGCCGAUGGAUUUUCGCGGGCCGCCAAACACCCCAAUGCGCUCAUCGCCUUCUCGAUGGGACCACGGGUCUGUGUGGGCCAGAACUUUGCAAUGUUGGAGGCCAAGACAGUGCUGUCCAUGAUACUGCAGAGGUUCUCCUUCUCCCUAUCUCCUACUUACAAGCACUCCCCAGUGAACAACAUUCUCCUUCAACCUGAGUUUGGUGUUCCCAUCAUCUUCAAGCCCUUGCACAUGUGAGAGUUCACGCACUACCUAGGAAGCUGGGACCUUUACAUGGUUAUGUAGUAAUGAAAGUUAUAAAAGUCAUGUAUGGAUUUGAUGUUUGCGAAGUUACAUGUCUAUUCAUGUUAUAUACCAAUAGCUAAUGGGUUAUGCUUUCUUUUACUUGAUAGUGGGCCAUCUUGAUGUUUUAUUUCUUA